AUGGCAAAGAAAGACAAGGCCUCUGGCUCUGGUGCCUCCAACGACAAAGGUGGUAAAGGAAAGGGCAAGGCGAAGCCAAAACCUGAGGAUGUCGAGGAAAAGGGCAAGGGCAAAGGCGGCUUGAAGGCAGCGACUGCCGUUAAUGUUCGCCAUAUCCUGUGCGAGAAGCACUCGAAGGCUUCAGAGGCACUUCAGAAAAUCCAGGAAGGGCAAGCCUUUAACAAGGUCGCCCAGGAAUACUCUGAGGAUAAGGCCAAGGCUGGAGGAUCGCUGGGCUGGAUGGUGAGAGGCAGCAUGGUUGGUGCUUUCCAAGACGCAGCGUUCGCCCUCACACCUUCGACUGUCGACAAACCCAUCACCUCUGGCCUUGUGAAGACCAACUUUGGUUACCAUAUCAUCAUGGUGGAAGGCAGAAGAUAA